AUGGCCAGCACUUUCGACACGGAAGUUUUCACACUGCUGGGAAUCGGUGUAUUUGUGGUGGCUGUUCGGACAGCCUCCAGAGUAGCCACUGCUGGUAUCAAAGGACUAUGGGCCGACGAUUACUUAAUGCUCUUUGCUACGGUUGUCUAUGGACUUGAAUCUGGCACAGCAUACGCUGUCGGAGCCUGGUGGCAUGGUCUGGCAAACAAUGGGAUGACAAACGAGGAACGGCGGACGUUAGAUCCAAAUUCCCAAGAGUACGAAUUCAGAGUCAACGGUUCGAAGACUCAGCUUGUUGGCUGGAGCCUCUACACCUUAUUGCUGUGGACAUUGAAGCUAUGCAUGAUAAUAUUCUAUCAGCGACUGACAGAAGGCUUGGAUUUCAUGAAGCGGCGGGUCUGGCUCGGCUAUGCGAUAGUCAUCGCGACGUAUAUUGCGACCAUAUCGUCAAUACUGGGCGGAUGUCACCCCUUCCACAAGAAUUGGCAGAUAUACCCAGAUCCUGGCAACCAUUGCCAGCCCGCUAUCUCGAAAAUUGACUUGUAUGUCACCGUCAUUCUCAACGUCUUCUCCGACUUGUACUUGCUUACAAUCCCGAUCCCGCUACUAUGGAAAGCGGACGUACCAAUGAUCCAAAAGUUGUCAUUAACUUUCAUCUUCGGUGGAGCAGUUUUUGUUAUGGCUGCUGGUAUCUUACGUGCUGCUCUCAUUCUACAUGAUCCCGUUGGUGGAGCUCAAGCUGCUGGCAGUUGGGCUGUCAGAGAGACCUUCGUCGCCGUUGUCGUUUGCAAUCUGCCUCUGGUCUAUCAAGGAAUCCGACGUAUGAUCAAGACUGCUUCGGGAAGCCGACUCUACUCUCGGUCAGCGUCUCGCAUGGGCUACAACAAAUCCACCGACGAACCGGAUUUCGAGAUGGUUCAAGCACAAGCACAUGCACAAGCACAGUCACCAACACCACGACUAUCUAUGCCCGAUUUCGAUGCGAGGCAGGAGGACCAGCAACACGAAUUCUUCAAGGCACCGUGA